UAAAGGAUAAGUUUGAAGUCUGCACGUUCCUCUGGCGUGGUUUGGGUUCAGCUUUUUCGGAGAAAGUACAUCAUUUAAUCUCCGGCUUCCAUCAUGGCAGCGACGUUAGUGCGUUCUCUUGCGAAGAAGAGGGUGCCUCUUCAGGUGGGACGCAUGUGUUACUCAUCCUCUGUGCCCACCACAAAGCUGUUCAUUGAUGGCAAGUUUGUUGAAUCCAAGAGUUCAGAAUGGUUGGACAUUCACAAUCCAGCUACCAACGAGGUGAUUGGCCGAGUGCCCAAGGCCACGCAGGAAGAGAUGCUUGCUGCUGUGGACUCGUGCUCACGGGCAUUUCACUCCUGGUCUGAGACCUCCAUUCUGGCCCGCCAGCAGGUCUUCCUUCGCUACCAGCAACUAAUUAAAGACAACAUUAAAGAGUUAGCUAAGCUGAUCACGCUGGAGCAAGGUAAAACACUGGCGGAUGCCGAGGGUGACGUGUUCAGAGGAUUGCAGGUGGUGGAACACACCUGCAGCAUCACCUCACUCAUGAUGGGUGAAACACUGCCCUCCAUCACCAAAGACAUGGACACCUACACCUACCGGCUGCCUCUUGGUGUGUGUGCCGGCAUCGCCCCCUUCAACUUCCCUGCCAUGAUCCCGCUGUGGAUGUUCCCUAUGGGCAUGGUGUGUGGAAACACCUACCUGAUGAAGCCCUCUGAGCGAGUGCCUGGCUGUGCCAUGAUGCUUGCCAAACUGCUACAGGACGCUGGAGCACCAGAUGGAACGCUCAACGUCAUCCAUGGCCAGCAUGACGCUGUGAACUUCAUCUGUGAUCACCCUGCUAUAAAGGCUAUCAGCUUUGUGGGCUCCAACCAGGCAGGAGAGUACAUUUACGAGAGAGGCUCCAAGAACGGCAAGAGAGUACAGUCCAACAUGGGUGCGAAGAACCAUGGCGUGGUAAUGCCAGAUGCUAACAAGGAGAACACACUGAACCAGCUGGUGGGUGCUGCAUUUGGAGCAGCUGGCCAACGAUGCAUGGCACUUUCCACAGCCAUCCUAGUUGGAGAGGCUCGCAACUGGCUGCCUGAGUUGGUAGAGCGCGCCAAGCACCUACGCGUCAAUGCAGGUGACCAGCCGGGGGCAGAUGUUGGGCCCCUCAUUUCCCCUCAGGCCAAAGAUCGAGUGAAUCAGCUCAUCCAGAGUGGAGUGGAGGAGGGUGCCACGUUGCUGCUUGAUGGCAGAAACAUAAAGGUCAAAGGUUAUGAAAACGGGAAUUUUGUGGGACCCACUAUCAUCAGCAAUGUCACAACUGAUAUGGAGUGCUACAAGGAAGAGAUCUUUGGGCCUGUGCUGGUGGUCUUAGAAGCUGACACACUGGAUGAAGCCAUCAAAAUAAUUAACAAGAACCCAUAUGGCAAUGGAACAGCCAUCUUCACCACCAAUGGAGCUGUAGCCCGUAAAUACACCCAUGAAGUGGACGUUGGCCAGAUUGGAGUGAAUGUACCAAUCCCUGUUCCCUUGCCCAUGUUCUCUUUCACUGGCUCCAGAGGCUCUUUUAGAGGGGAUACCAACUUCUAUGGCAAGCAAGGUAUCCAGUUCUACACACAGAUCAAAACUGUCACUUCGCAGUGGAAGGCAGAGGAUGCUACUUUGAAAUCUCCAGCUGUGACCAUGCCAACCAUGGGACGUUAAGUUGCAACAUGACUCCCAAAUCUUGAACUUGCCCAAAAGCCCCCCCAAAAGUGUUUAAGCUACUGUACAGAUUUUUUUCCAGAUAAAACUGACGUUUCCACAGCUAAGCAUUAAUGUUUAGUGGAACAGUACUUUGUAAAGUGAUUAGAAGUCUGUGACCUGUUAAUGUAGCUCUACUGUUCCACUAGACUAUUUUGGCUUUCUGACACACUCUGAUACCACAGACAUGCCACUGUCUCUUCCAACAUGAUGCACUUUUUUAUCCUUGGCUAUGCUUUGGGUUUUUUUUUAAUUUGGUAAUGCCAACCACUAUUAACAGUAUAACAAUAUACCUCUUCUGUAAUUUCAUAUACUGGGGACUUUACAUUUCCUACAGACAGUUCAAAACCUCAGACUGUAUCUAGUUGUAGCUAAACAAAGCAUUAAUACUUUGUCAUGUGGUUCUUACAAAUCCAUGUUUGAUCACAUCCGAUGGUUGCUUCACGUAUAGUCCUGGCAGAUGGGUUUAGUGCAGCUUGUUCAGCUGCAAAGCACUACGUGCCCAGCCACCUUAAACAAAGGAAUGUCCUUAGUUUUUUCCCAAUAAAUGAAUUGAUGAGUUUGUC